AUGAAUGCGGACCUCAAAAGGGUCCGCGAGACCGGUAUAGAUGAGUCCCUUCCAGGCGCAAAGAGACGCGCAUUGAGUAUGUCCUUGCCCCCAACUUCUGAACCAGACGAAGAUAGGUUAGAAGACUGGCAAAAGGUCGUAGAGUCACAUAGAAAAGAAGCCAUCUUCAGACAAAUGCUCGCAUACAAGAGAUCUUAUGAUGCCGAAGCGAGAAAGGCCAGCGAGUUGGAGGCACAACGACGGGUGCUCGAGGCCAGUGUCCGUGCUGUAGAGAUAUGUUGGGCUCAGGUCGUCACUGCUAUCCAAGAUCAUGCGGGUCAACAAGAACUCGGCGUGGCUUCGGAAGACUUGUUGAAUCCUACAUUAGAUAGCGGACUGGCAACACAGGAAUUAGAAUCCGCGUUGAGAUCUCGUCUUCCCCCAACUCAAAGACUUAUAGCUCGCUUCGCAGCUCUAGCGUCACAGGGAGCUGUCCGUCCCACCGCCGCCCAGGAAUUACAUAAUCGCCUCCUCAAACUACAAGCCGAGGCGGAUGCCUCUAGAGCGCACAACCAGACACUCAAAUCUCAGCUGCUAUCUCUGACAGACACCCGAGAUAGUCUCUCAAGGGACUUGGACAAGUUGCAGAAGUCCCUUGAUCGUCAACGGAUGGCACACGAUAAAGAGCGACUGGAAUGGAAUAGCCGAGAUCGUGAUAGAGGCUCCUCUACGCCCGCUCAGAAGGCCGCCAAUGGUUCUGGUCAUGUUACUCCGAACGGUGUAGAGCCUGAAACAAAGCCUCUCGUCAACGGCGCCGAGCCCACACACUUGCUAGUCCCAGAUACUCUGGAGGCGGAGGAGGUAGCACGGUCAAGACUCGAACAACUCGAUGCUCUACGAUCUCAGAACACUGCUCUACAGCAGGAUCUCGAUCGUCUGCGGGUUUUGGCCGAACAUCCGUCCGAAGCAACACUACGACAAUCCCCGUUCUUUCAUGUCUACCUACACCAAUUGGCUACCGAAAUAAAUCGUGCCAACACCAUGCAAAUGAGAGCCGAAAUUACUGAGCAAAAACUUGAUGAGGUCAGGAAUGGCAACCAAGAAUUUCAUCAGGUGAUCGUUGCCGAGUCAAAAGCUGAAGUGGAGGCACUUCGACAGGCUGGGUCGAAGAAAGAUUCCGACCUCGCUCGUUUGAGGGGCAUACGGGAUGAUCUGACAGCUGAGCUUGCAGAGAAAAAAGCAAAAGAGCAGGAGAAGUUCACGUAUGGUGAACAGAUGGAAGCUCUGGCGACUGCGAGACAGGAGCGAGUGAAAUCACUUUUGUCCGAGUGUAGACGACUGAAAGGUACACUGGCGGCCAGGGAGGGUGCCGAGGGAUAUCUGUCUUUUCUGAGAAGCGGAGGCGUGGAAGGUGAUUACUUGAAGGAACUGGAGGGAAAGUACAAAGCUGCUCAAGAGCAAAUCAUCGCCCUAUCUGCCAUCGUGAACAGCUCGCCAAACCCCGAAGAACUACAAGAUCACGUCGCUAUCCGGUUGGAACUGAAUGAAGCGAAGUCACGGCUAGAAAGGUUUGAACGAAUACUAGGGUCUGAUUCAGAUCCGUCGACGGACGCAGCAACGCUCGGAGUGAGACUGCAGAAGUUGGAAGAAGAGAAGAAGGCGUUGGAAAUCAGAUUGUCGGAAGCGGAAGUAUCGGCCAAUGCUGCUUAUUCAGAAAUCGAAGUAUUGUCUAGGUCAUGUGACGACCUGGACAAGCUGGUCAAUAGCAGGGUCUUUGAUCUCAAAGAGAGCGAACUCAGAAUACAACGUCUGACCACAGAGAAAGCAAAAGCAGAUAACAAAUACUUCGCAGCCAUGCGACAUAAAGAAAGUCUGGAAGCGGAAUGCAAAAUCGCCCAACGGAGUGUCGACAAGCAGGCGAAACUUCUCGAGCGAGCGCAGGAAGUCGAACGUAGUCUCAAUGUUCAGAUAGCUGAGCGUGAUCGAGGGUGGACAGCGGCGAAGAACGAGUUGUAUAAGCUUCAAUCGGAACUCGCUCAAUCGACUUCGGACCGAUCACAGCUGGAACUGCGACUACAGCAAAGUCAGGCAGCGGGUGCGCAAGAGCUGCAACAGAUGUUGGCGCAAAGGGUGGCAGAGGCGGACGCUGAAAAGGCGGAGAAGGUGAAAGUACAGGAGGAGCUCGGCACGUCGCAACGGAACGUGAAAAAGCUGAAGGAACGACAGACGGCGAUAAGCGGAGGCGGAGGGAAGUCGAGUCCGGAGUAUGAGGCGUUGUUGGAGGAGAAGAACAGGUUAUGGCAAGUAUUGCGAUGUCAGUGUUGUGGGAUCAAUCUGAAGCAACAAGCCAUUGUCAAGUGCAUGCACACUUUCUGCAAACAAUGUCUAGACGAUCGGAUCGCUUCGAGACAACGUCGGUGUCCGACCUGUGGGACGGGGUUUGCGAAGGAAGACGUCAAGGACAUGUUUUGGAAGUAA